CGUUAUUGUAUUGAUAAGGGAGUCAUGUGUGGAUGGGACGUCUAGAUUGAAGAUUUGGAUGAAAAUAAUUUGAAGGCAUAGAAGCAAGUAAUCAGUUGCUACAUUCACUAUUCGUCUUUGAAGGACGUGCUCUGAAGACAACAGAGAAAAUGUCGUGGGAAAGAACGCUGUUUUGGCUCACCGUGACAGUGGCCCUCGGCAUUGCGGUAGAGAAAGCAGCGGGACAGCGGCUUAGAGACGACAUUCCUGAUUCGACCAACGUGCAGCUUUGGGAGUGCAUGGGCGGUGAGCGGCAGGAGUGGGUGAUCAAGACGGGUGGCUACCCUAACAACGUCAUUGCCCUAAAAGCCGAUGGAAUGGUGCUGGAUAUUCUGCAAUACAGCAACGAUAGCGGAGCCAACUUGCAGGUUUUUCACCCUACCACUACACCAUGGAAUCAGCAGUUCAAAUACGACACCACUCACAACACCAUUGUUAGCCUUAUGAAUGGACAUUGUGUGGACGCACAAGACUUUGGCAACACAUCGGGCAGCAACAUCUAUGUGUGGCCAUGCACCAAUGCUGCAAACGAACAGUUCAUCUACAAUGAAACCAGCGGCCUGUUCCGGUACGUGCAGAAUCCUGCCCUGUGUUUGGAUGCCGGGACUGUGGUCAAUUGCUCUACAGCACCAUUCAACUCCUACCCAUUUUGCAAUAGAUCAGUCGCUGUGGACGAUCGAGUAGAUGAUCUGCUGAGCCGUAUGCAGCUCCAUGAGAAGGCACAGCUCAUCCAAAACCGCAAUCCCGGCAUACCACGACUUGGCGUACCAAAGCUACAGUUUUCCGAAUGCUUGCAUGGUGUUCUGAGUGGCUGUGGUGCUGCGUCAGGAUCCGAUAGCACCGGCUGUCCAACAUCAUUUCCACAUGGCUUGGCUCUCGGGGCAUCCUUCAAUCGUUCUCUCUGGUCUCACGUUAGCAGCACCAUUUCCACUGAAGCGCGUGCCCUCAACAACCAAGGUGUCACGGGCUUGGCGUUCUGGGCGCCUGAUAUCAACCUGUUUCGAGAUCCACGCUGGGGUAGAGGUCAAGAAGUUCCUGGCGAGGAUCCUUUCUUGACAGCCGAGUAUGUGGCUCAUUACUCCAGAGGUCUGCAAGAAGGUGUGGAUCCUAAGUACUUGAAAGUAGUUUCAACAUGUAAGCACUUCAGUGCAUACGACCUGGAGAACUGGGGUGGUGUUGAUCGUCACCAUUUCAAUGCCAUCGUCAGCGACCGUGAUCUCGUCGAGUACUACUGGGUGCCAUUCAGAUCAUGUGUACAGCGUGCUCACGCCCAGUCAAUCAUGUGCUCAUACAACGCCGUCAACGGAGUGCCGAGCUGUGCCAACUCUCUGUUUCAAAACACUAUCGUGCGCGACGAGUGGGGAUUCGACGGGUUCAUCGUGAGCGACUGCGGCGCUAUCAAUGACAUCAUUGCCAAGCACAAGUACACAUCUACGCCGGGUGACACGUGCAAAGCUGGCUUGCUCGGUGGCUGCGACUUGAACUGUGGUGGGUUCUAUGGCAGCCACAUGGAGGACGCCGUCAAUGGAGGAUCUUUGUCCGAGGGUGAUCUCAAUGUUGCUGUGAGAAGAAUUUUGAAGCACAUGUUCUGGCUGGGUUUGCUGGACCCUGCGGACAAGCAAUACUACAAGACCCUGGGACCGGCGAAUGUCGAUACAGCUGAUCAUCGCCAACUGGCCCUAUCGGCUGCUGAGCAAAUGAUUGUCUUGCUGCAGAACAAGGGUGGAAUACUGCCACUUGACCCAACAAAGGAAGCCAUGGUGGCAUUGCUGGGUCCACAUGCCAACUCUACGCAAGACAUGCUUAGCAACUAUCAUGGUACCAACACAGUGGUGAAUAGCCACUCUCCGCUGCAGGCCAUUACGGCAAUGCUGGGCGAAAGCAAGGUCAAGUACGCCCAGGGAUGUGACAUUGCCUCUUCGAACACGAAAGGCAUCGCCGAUGCCGUAGCUGCUGCAAAGGCCAGCGAUGUCGCCAUCGUGUUCAUUGGCAUCAAUGGCGGGCAGGAGAGUGAAGGCCGUGAUCGUAACUCUAUUGAGCUGCCAGGUGUGCAGCAAGAACUGGUAGAGCUCGUCCAGGCUGCCCAGAAGAAUACAAUUGUUGUUCUGAUGAAUGGCGGCCAGCUUGCUAUCGAGUGGAUCCAGUCCAACGUUCCAGCCAUUGUUGAAGCAUUCUACCCUGGUGAAAUGGGCGGAGAUGCUGUUGCCAAUGUUCUCUUCGGCAAAGUCAGCCCAUCAGGGAGACUGCCCUACACAAUCUACCCGGCUGACUUCACCAAAAGAAGCUUCUUCAACAUGGACUUGCGUAAUGAGUCAGGCUGUACAUAUCGCUACUACACUGGAAAACCACUCUGGACGUUUGGAGAUGGUUUAUCCUACACUACAUUCAGCUACAAUUGGAGCACACCACUCCUGUCGUCACACCGUAGCUUUAAUGCAGCUGCAGUUGGUCGUCAAGAAGACAGCAUUGAAUACACAGUGGAUGUGACCAACACUGGCAAGAUGGACAGUGACGUGUCUGUACUUGGAUUCAUCACGGCGCAAGAACAGCCGGAUGCACCAUUGAAGGAGUUAUUUGACUUUGGCCGUGUCCAUCUUGCAGCUGGUGAAACAGCCACUGUUCAUUUGACGGUAGGUCCUCAAGAACUAGCUCUUGUGGAUGAGUAUGGUGUGGAGGCUAUCCGACCUGGUCGCUACAAUAUCCAGGUUGAGGAGCUGACAACAGACUUGGAAAUCACUGGCCAUGAACAUGUGCUGUUCAACCUACCGGAAAUGAAGAGACGCCAUGAAGAGUCCCAUGGGUUUCUAUAGGACUUCAUUGAUGAUGUGCCUCUCAAGAAGUGCUUAUCCUCUGAUAUUCUUCUUUAUUUCCACCACUGGCAUUCCAUUUUCGUGUCAUCACUGGCGUUCGAAGUUUGUGGGUUCUAUCUAAGGAACAUUUUGCUUCACACUGUAGCGCCUGGUGGACAGAGCGAUUUGUCAAGUUCCCUUUGAAAGCUUAUAAUAGUGUAACUUUAGUUGGUCUGAGCUGCAUAUUAGAACGACUCUUUGGUACCUGGAUGUUAUGCUACAUGUGCAGGUACUUGCACAUCUUUCCAUGCGUGCAGAGUGGUCGCAUUCGCAUUGCGCACAAUUAUGUCCACAGCAACAUCUGCUGCAGUGCAUGCGUUGUUCAAUACAGAAAUCUCGUCGUCAGAAUCCAACUUGCCGGAUUCUUAUGUGAAUGGUCAAUUUCUCAAUCUCUAGCCUGACUUUUCUUCGACGUGCUCUCUUUUA